UUGCCGGCGACGGCAGGCCGGAUAACGUUUGUAGAGAAGAUGUUGGACAUCACAAAGCGGACCCUUGACAGAGGCGAGCUGCCACUGUCUAUCAACGAGCAAGAGCGAGUUCGGGACAUUGAGAAGGUCCUGGGGCCCCUUCAGUGGGUCGCGGUGGUGCCCGCCGGCGUGCUCUGCGAGGUCCAGGUGCAAGAGGAGCCCCGGACACGCGGGGGAAAGCGCUGCUGGCUGCAGAUGGGCAGGUUGAAUGAGAGGGGCGGCCGAGCAAAUGUCAACAAGUGGCUGGCACCACUUGUGGCAUCUGGAGAGCGGGUGAAGCUGGAAGUGGGCAGCGCGCCUGGCAUGGCAUUCCUGGUCCUGCCGGCAUCGGCGUGGCCGGCAGCCAUGGAGAGCAUGCGGGAUGGCCGCGUGGAGCAUGGAGGUGUGUGUGGCGAGUGCCCUGGAGACCGGGCGGAGGGCGCUGGGAUGACUGGCAAGGAGAGCGUAAUGAGCAUAAUGGACGUGGACGAGAGGGGAGCACGUUCCCUGACGCUGGCCUUCCCGGUGGAUGAAGUUGAUGAGGCGGAGUCUGGCGAGCGGCUGGCGGCGCCUGUGGGCAGGGACCAACGCUGUGGUGAUGGGCUGGAGGCAGGCGAACCUUUGGCGGCAGCGACAACAGCGGAGCAGGAUGUGGAGGUGGCGGCUGAGAAGGAGGAGGCAGAUGCUGAUGCGGAGUUCGACCAGCUGCCGCCGGGAGGCUGGGUGCCAAUGCCACCUGUUGGGGUGAGUGCUUGGAGGAUGGUGGCCCCAGGGGAUGGAGUACUUAAGGCCGAGGGAGUGGGGCAGCCGGGCCAGGGGGGCAAGCCAUUAUGAAGGUGUUGAUUUUGUCAUGAUUGUGUGUUCAUGUGCAGGCACAUUUGGGGGAGCGCACUGAGGGUGCGGAGCUGCAGCGGGUGUGUGACCUGCUGCAGAUCCCGCUGGAGCUGCAGCAGUUGCUGGAUGGGCGGGUGUAUGAGGUGUCACCGGGGCUGCUGCAGACAUGCAACUGGCGCGCGGGCAAUGUUGCAAGGAAGGAUGUGUCGAGGCACCGUGCUGGCAAGCCCUGCAGGUCGGCGGAGCUGGCACUGCGGCGCUACUGGGACAUCCCUACCGUUCCAGCCCCUAUUAAACCAUCGGUUAAUCGCUGGUUACCCAGCGGUUAUCCCGGGAGGAAUGGCUGGUUUGGCACUCAGGUUACCAUCGGUUUAUUUGGGCUUCAGGCCGCAGACCGACGGUUAAUAGA